UCUCGUCGACAUCAAUGUACACUAAGAUCAUGGAGUUUACUACAAACAACACGACUAUCUAUGGUGAUGACAACGAUGACAAAUGGGUGUUUCUUCCAAUUGAGUGGAACUCGCAAACGAUAAUCCGAACGAUCCUUGCUAUCCUUGGGACUCUCGGAAACACUCUCGUUAUCUUCGUCUACAUGAACCGGAAGCGAAUGAACAGUUGCACCAAUACGUUCAUCGUUGGACUAGCUUUUGCGGAUCUAAUCACGUCUUUUCAUCAGUUCCCGAGGCCGAAGGAAGUGUCUGUGCCUUCGGGUUUCCUUGGAGAACUCUACUGCAGGAUACUAUUCGUAGGAUCCAAUGUCACCAUGUGGAUAUCAAUCAUUGCGUCUGUAUUCACACUUACCAUGAUCGCUUGUGAACGCUACGUGGCCGUUGUGUACGCGGUUCAUUACCGCACCAUAUUUUCGAAGAAGCGUCCUCGGUACGUUCUCCUCGCCUGCUGGGCUGCGUCGAUAACACUGAACACUCAAAGUUUCUACAUCAAUUUUCUAAACAAGGACAGCCAUACUUGCUAUGUGAAAUACCCAAGCCUCCAUUUUCAGAAGUUUAUCGGAGUGACUUUCUUCCUCAUUGAGUAUUUCCUUCCCAUGGUUAUCAUGCUGUUUACGCAAACGCGCACGGUCAUGUCCCUGCGCGCGCAGGCUCGUUCGCUGACGUCGGAUCGCAAAGAGAGUAACGGGCCUGCGCUGUCGCUUCUGCAAGCAAGACGUCGGGUCAUCGAAAUGCUCUUCAUGGUCGUCAUCACGUUCAUCAUCUGUUGGUCACCUGAUCAGAUAGCCUACUUCUGCUACAUGAUGAAUAUAUUCGAUGCGUCUUUUCUCACAGGCUCUCUCUAUACUACCUUUUUGGUAUUGGCCUUUGCCAAUUGCUGCAUGAAUCCGUUCAUUUAUGCCUCCAGAAAUGCGAACUUCAGGCGGGCCCUGCGAGAGCUGUUCACCAAAGGAAAGAAAAACAAGGUCCACAGUAUUAACACCAUUGCAGGAGGAAAGGAGGAAACGAUGGCCGAUACCCUGGCGAAACAAGGAGGACAGAUGGGCUGAAAAUGAUGCCUUUGAAAAUAAAAGUGAAUGGAUUUAUUUUUAAGCAUGUGUUUAUUCGUGUAUUUAAAAGGCUGAAGAAACCUGUGCCAGAAGGAUUUUGUAGAUAAUAUUGGCGAUGUACAUGUCGCACAAUUAUUGAUGGGCAGCAAUAUGCUAAAAAAAGAAGAGUAGAUCAGUAUAGACCAGUACACCAAGAACGAAUAUGCCUACAUCUGAUACUGCCUUGUACAAUGUUAUCAAAACAAAAUUAUAAUUACAGUGAGAAUCAAUAAUCAUACGGAAAAAACACGAUUAGCCCGUGUUGUAAAUGAAACGAAAUAUUAAUUUGUAUCAUUUUACAUCAAAAUGCCGAUUAACAAUAUAACAUUGCUCUAGAAUUGUUAUCAACAUUUGUAGACUUUACAUGCAAAAUGGACUAAAUCCACUUUUGUCCAUUUUUCAUAAAUCAACAUAUUUUUUUUCACCCAAAUCUAUGUUUCCUUUCAGGAAGUUCUUACACUCUGUUCAAGAGUCAUCAAUAUAUAGGUAAAAAAAUGACAAUUAAAAAAAUCCUGGAGAUGUCUGUUAUUUUAUACGAUUCUUUUAUAUUCAUAUUUUGUAUGGAUUUAUUCCCUUUUGCAUGAAAACUAAUGUCAAGUUGUUGCUAUGUCCGGCAAAACUUAUACAUGCAAGUAGUAAACAGAGCAGUAAAUCCUUUCAACAUCUAAGCUGACAAUAGGAAGGGUAGGGGAAGAGAGAUGAACUAUUUUAUCAAUUUUAUUAUUUAUUCAUUUAUUUAUUCAUUGGUUUUCUUUAUUUUAUACUGCAGGGUAGGCCUGUUCAGUUAUGCAAAACUGCUUUCCAAAGGCGCCCUGCAGUUUAACAAAUAACUCAACAUGAUAGCAAUUCAAUUUAUGUAACAUAUAAUAAAGUAAAAACAGAAUACAUUAUAUACAGGAUUUUUAAAACAGAAUACAUUACAUACAGGAUUUUUGUCAUGUUUAACCUUCUGUAGAUCUAUUACCCCUAUAGACUCUUCGUGCAAAAGGGAAUAAAUCCAAAGAUAUGUAAACAA